UAUUUGUAAAGAAUUCAUUCAUGUGUAUUGAAACCGAGCUAUUUUAUGAACGUCGCCGUAACUAAUUUCAACGAAUGUGCAUGUACGGUGUUCAUAUUGGCUCUUAUCGAUGUUUAUAAAACUGACGGCAGUAAGUGCCAAUCAUCAGAGAGAGCAUUUUUCUACGUUAAAAACCACAACAUUAUAAACUGAGAUUCGAUGAACUGUAAAAGUGUUCAAAACUGUUUAUUCUGUACUGUUCAAUAUUGUUGAAUUCCCUUCCUACGUUUACAUUGACUAAUAGGGUCUUUGUAGAUCUUAAUUACAAUUUAUUGGUGUACGUUCGUACGGUACGGAGUCGUCUUCGGCUGUCGUAGUGGCGAGAAGUUUGUUGCCACAAGUUCACAUCGCCUCGUUCCCGAAGGACAUGUAAACACCUACAAGCCGUUAAUAUAGUAACUUCCUGACAUUGAAACAUGGAUAUAGGAAACUAUUACAGUUCGCCUGUACAAAAGAUGCAUGGCAAAUUUAAGGUACUUCUUAUAAUUAUAGUGAUCUUUUGUGGAAUAAAUAUAGAAACAGCACAAGCUUCGCCAAAUUUAACAAAAUAUAACACGUCAAGAUCAAAUGAAUAUGUCGUGCAAAGAAACGAGACGCCUACGAGUGAAUUAUUUCAUUGGGAAGACUACAGCGUGCUGGCCACGAUGUUACUAGUUUCGUGUGGUAUUGGAGUUUUUUACGGAUUCUGUGGAGAAAAACAAACAUCUGGCGACGAUUUCUUAUUGGGUGGUUCAGCAAUGGGGACAUUUCCGAUGGCCCUUAGUUUGGCUGCAAGUUUUAUAACUGCCAUAGAACUGCUAGGCAACCCAGCAGAGAUGUAUAUGGCGGGCGCACAGUUCUGGAUGAUCUGCGUGUCAUUCGUGCUGGUCGUACCGAUUGCGAGCCAACUCUACUUGCCAGUCUUCAUGAGACUGCGCUUGACAUCGUGCUAUGAGUAUUUGGAAAUAAGAUUUUGCAAGUCGAUGCGCGUGUACGCGAGCUCGCUGUACAUGCUGCAGAUGGUGCUGUAUACCGCCGUCGCCGUCUACGCACCCGCACUGGCGCUCUCUGACGUGACUGGAUUAAACACUUAUUUAGCAGUCUCGCUGGUUUACGUGGUCUGCAUAUUUUACGCAUCACAGGGUGGAAUGAAAGCAGUGAUAAUGACGGACAGUUUUCAAUCGGCCGUAUUGCUGGGGUCACUUGCUACAGUGCUCAUCAUGGGCGCCGGAAAAGUGGGUGGACUUGACGCGGUUUGGGACUACGCGAGAGCUACGGAUCGACUACAUUUUUUUGAUAUGAACCCAGACCCGACGGUGCGGCAUUCGUUCUGGUCGGUGGUGGUGGGCGGCACGAUGUACUGGCUGAGCAUGUUCUGUGCGAACCAGGCGUCGGUGCAGAAAUACCUAUCAGUGGAGCGCAUAGCCCAGGCCCGGGUGGCGCUCUGGGUAUCCGCGUGCGGCCUAGUUGCGGUAUACUCCGUCAAUUUCGUCACCGGCGCCGUCCUCGCCGCGCACUACGCUGACUGUGAUCCCAUUAAGGCUGGUGUAAUCAACGCGUCAGACCGGCUGCUGCCUCUUUACGUAGUGCGCGAGCUGGGAGCUUCCCGCGGUGUCCCCGGCUUCUUCGUGGCUGGCAUUUUUGCUGCGAGUCUCGGGACCGUAGCGUCUGCGUUGAAUUCAUUAGCUGCAAUCGCAUGUCAAGAUUUAUUCACGGGUCUUCUUGGAAUAACGUUACCUGAGAAUAAAGGAGCAACAAUAGCAAAGUGGGUGUGCCUGGCAUGCGGCGCGCUAUCAUUCGGGCUGGUGUUCGUGGUGGAACGGCUGGGGCCCGUGCUGCAACUCGCGGUCUCUUUCAACGGCAUGGCGGGUGGCGUCUCGCUCGGUCUAUUCAGCCUCGGUAUGCUCUUCCCUUGGACUAAUGCCAAAGGCGCGGUGGCGGGCGGUGUGUUCGGGCUUGUGGUGGUGGUGGCUGCUGGUGGCGGUGCGCAGCUGGCGCAAUUGCCCGCGCCGCGCCUGCCCGCCUCCACGGCCGCCUGCGUCGCCGCGUACAACCUCACCAACCACAUGACCAUGAAUCCUACGGAGAACCAUGGUGAAUCAGUGUUUUGGUUGUUCCGGGUAUCGUACCUGUGGUACUCCGGGUUGGGAUGCGCGGCGACGCUGCUCGCAGGCCUCGUCACUUCAGUCCUCACCGGCGUAACGGACCUCGCACACGUACCCAUCGACCUAAUAUCACCGCCGGUCAUAUCAUUCCUCAAUUCUUUACCCACUAAAUUAAAAAAAGCCCUUCGUGUGCCUACUCGCUUCGGUUCCGAGCGACGCAGAAGUUCUAGUGUGCGUCCACCGAGCGUCGCCGACGACAAGGACACAAGACGAAGACGGCGGCUAUCCGAGCUGGCAGGGGGUGUGUUCUACAGCGACACACCCCUCACGCGCGGCCUUGACAACCCGGCCUUGGGCCUCGACCCCGAGAAGCCUCCGCCAGACGACUGCGUGCAUCACACCUUCACCCUGGACCCCGCCGCCUCGCACUGCCCACAAACCUCCACGUGUUAAUAAUAGCCAGUGACAACGAUGGCGAUGAGCU